AUGUCCAAAUGCUCUACGACGACGCCACUACCACGCGCGUCUUGUGUGCCACCCAAACAGGACAAGACUGGCAUUCUACGCCGGGACUACAUCGUGAACCUGCUGGCGUACAAGUAUAAAGCUUAA